CUCUGCAAAUCCCUCCACUUGCCUCCCUUAAGUGUCCUCCACCCCUCUCUGCCAAUCCCUCCACUGGCCUCCAUUCAGUGUCCUCCACCCCUCUCUGCAAAUCCUCCACUUGCCUCCAUUAAGUGUCCUCCCCCCCUCUCUGCCAAUCCCUCCACUGGCCUCCAUUCAGUGUCCUCCACCCCUCUCUGCAAAUCCCUCCACUUGCCUCCAUUAAGUGUCCUCCACCCCUCUCUGACAAUCCCUUCACUGGUCUCUAUUCAGUAUCCUCCACCCCUCUCUGCCAAUCCCUCCACUUGCCUCUAUUCAGUGUCCUCCACCCCUCUCUGCCAAUCCCUCCAAUGGCCUCCAUUCAGUUGUCCUCCACCCCUCUCUGUCAAUCCCUCCACUUGCCUCCAUUCAGUGUCCUCCACCCCUCUCUGUCAAUCCCUCCACUUGCCUCCAUUCAGUGUCCUCCACCCCUCUCUGCCAAUCCCUCCACUGGCCUCCAUUCAGUGUCCUCCACCUCUCUCUGCCAAUCCCUUCACUGGCCUCCAUUCAGAGUCCUCCACCCCUCUCUGCCAAUCCCUUCACUUGUCUCCAUUCAGUGUUCCUCCACCCCUCUAUGUCAAUCCCUCCACUUGCCUCCAUUCAGUGUCCUCCACCCCUCUCUGCCAAUCCCUCCACUGGCCUCUAUUCAGUGUCCUCCACCUCUCUCUGCCAAUCCCUUCACUGGCCUCCAUUCAGAGUCCUCCACCCCUCUCUGCCAAUCCCUUCACUUGUCUCCAUUCAGAGUCCUCCACCCCUCUCUGCCAAUCCAUUCACUGGCCUCCAUUCAGUGUCCUCCACCCCUCUCUGCCAAUCCCUUCACUGGUCUCCAUU